GGGACUGGCUUUGAUUUCUUUGAUUGUAUAAAUCAUCACCAUGGUUUUUUGUGGAAAGCCAAGCAAGGCAUGUUUAUGCUGCCGAAAGAGAAGAAUAAAAUGUGAUCAGAAGCUGCCAGCUUGUACACAAUGUGUGCGAGUGGACAAGAUUUGCCCAGGGUAUCGAGAUCAGCUAGAACUUUGCUUCCGAGAUGAGAAUGAGAGGACCUUGCGGAAAGCCAAUUUCAUGAACAUUCCAUCUAUCGUGAGAGCCAAAAGGUCUCUUCAAGAUGGAAAAGCCAGGGUUCCAUCUCCUGUUACACGAAUACCAACCAAGGCCUCGGGCUCUAUAACAGAAUUUGAAUUUGGAAAUCUUGCCAGAUCGAACUUGCCCAUAACCAAAAACUUGUGUCCUUUGGUUGAUAAGGGAAUAGCUUUUUUUCUUACAUAUUAUAUGACGGUUCCGUUAGAACGCUCACAUAACUGGGUCGAUCUAAUGCCAACCAUGUCUGCUGAAUUGUUCGUGCAAAGCAGAAUGCUAGAAGCAGUUUCUUCAGUGGGACUGGCUGGACUAUCAAAUGCCACUAGGAAUCCCAAUUUGAUGGCGAUUGCAAGAAAAAAGCAUUUUGAUACUAUAAAUUCCGUCAUUCGGGAACUUGGAGAUAUUUCGAAUGCAAAUAUUGAGGGGAUUUUGAAGAAAGUUGUGAUGUUGGUCAUCUUUGAGUUGAUGAACACUGCACCUAGAGGAUCACAUUCACUUUCUGUGCAUGCCAACGGUGCUUUGAGUUUAUUGAAAGCACUAGCUUUGAGAAAUUACGAGAAAAACAAACCGACCACAAAACUCCAAUUGCAAUUCUUUUUCGCUGCACAUAUCAAAUACUUUGAGAUGGACAACUCCCCUUCGACGCAAUUAAUCGAGUUUUCUGAGCUUAUUCUAAAGAACAAGCGUACGGAAGAUGCGACUGCUUCUGCGGUAGUUGAAAUUGUUGUUCGAUUCAUCAAUCUCCAUGCAUCCAUCAGGGCGAAAGCGUUCACAGAUCCAGUUAAAAUUGUUUCGGCAGUAGCUUUGCUGGAUGGCGAAUUGGAGCGAUGGGAAGCAAAUCUCCCUAUUCACUGGAAUUUUACCGUACAGAGCAGAGACUUUUCAGAUGGGAGUUCUUUCGAUGGAAAAUGUCACGAAUAUUAUGAUGUCUGGAUUUCGCGAAUGUUUAAUCACUAUCGAUGGAUGCGAAUAUUAUUGAAUGAACUUUUCCUCGAGCACUUGAAUAGGAUAACACACCUUACGUCUGAGCAUUUAGUUCAAAAGAUGAAAGCACGAAAAAUUAUCAACAGGAUGGCGACAGAUAUUUGCACUAGCAUCUCUAGUUAUUUUGGCCACACCACACUAGUGGAACGUCCAACAUUGUUACCUCAAAUGAGCGGUAUACCAGUAUUUUUGAUGAUUUGGCCUUUAUUCAUCGCUGGUGGAGGGACUGGUGUACCGCAGCAUUUGUACAACUGGGUUCUCGGUCGAUUGGAUAUUAUCAGCAAACAGUUAGGCGUUUUAUCCGCGCAGACAAUGAUGGAGCGGACCAAGAUACGCCGGCAGAGGUGGAUUCGUGCAGAUGUGAAGGCAUCACGCACAACAUGCAAUGAUACCCUAUUUCCCCUGAUCCUUGGAACUGGCUGCGAGAUGCAGAUAGAGAUGGAGCCAUUGGACUGAGGAAAGAUGAUCACAACAUGUUUGGGGAAGAGAUCCGGAAAAUGCGGAUUGUGGUAUCCUAGACCUAGACCUUAGUUGUUGAUACCCCAGAAGAGUCAACGUGCAGACUCACGCGGGAUAAGAUUAUCCUCUGCAAUGUAAUAUCUCUUCUCUUUCUGCAAGAUAACAACGAACAGAUUACCUGUUCGUGAAGCAUUUGUUUGCUGACCGCCGAAGAUCUUCAAAACAGAUCGAUGGAAUAGGAUCCCGAGUA